AUGCAGGGCUCGACUUCACUUCAGCUGCCAGCCUCGGACCCUCCGUCUCCGUCUUCAGAUGGAGGAGCCAAAUCGUCGAGGGUGUGCCUGAACUGUAGGAGGAAGAAGAAGAAGUGUGACAAGAAACUUCCCUCUUGUGGACGGUGUACUUACUCCCUCGAGUUCUGCCAACACGAAGACGAUCAAGCAGCCUCCCGCUCGGCGGACCCGUCGGCACGAACAAGUUUCGAGAGCCUUGGAAACAUAAAUGCCCCAGGAUCGUUUGCUGUCAGCGCUUUCUUGGGAGGUCAAAUAGGCCCUGCCAACCCCACAAUCAGCCCGGCGCUGUUUGCACCCCUAGGAACGACAGAAGACAUACAUCAUUUUGUUUCUCGAAGCCUCGCCCAGAUCGUAGGAGACAGAUCGACAACUGAAAGCAUCAUACGAUAUUAUUUUGGAACCAUCAAUGCCUGGUUCACUAUCAUCGAAAGUGCGAGCUUUGAGGAACGACUGGAGCAGAUGUGGGCAGAGCCCUCGGCCGAGACUGGGCUGUUAGCAUUGUGCAUGCUCUUGAUCGUCCGUUCGCCAGAAGAGACUCCAGCCGUCUCGAUGCAGAACAGCCUUUACCAUGCGGUCAAGACGCUUUGCGGUGUUGUUGUAGCCAAGCUGCCUCUGUCAACGUCCCUCCUGCAGGCGCACCUCUUGAUCUGCCUGUACGAGCUUGGUCAUCUGAUGCCUCAACAAGCGUAUCUGACUCUGGGUACAUGCAUCACUAUUGUUCGUGCCUUCGGCUGGCUCGAUGAAUCGUUUUGGGGACAGGACCAGUGGAUUGUCCGGGCCAGGGAGCUGAAGCUGUGCUCGAUCCUGUGGUGGACCGUGGUAUUUCUGGAAAGUGGUCUUCAAUCAGAAGAACUCGGAUAUCCACAGGUUAUUCCAAGUCUUUCCUUCGCGAUCCCCUUUCCGGAGACGUUCGAUCCAAUUCUUCAGCUUUCUCAAGCCGGCCCAGAGCAGUAUGGCGGGUCCAUACAAGAGAGCACUUAUAGAUUUGCCAAUGACGGCGACGAAAAGAUAGAGACCAUCGUGUUUCCAGAAGCAAAAUCGGCAUCCCUUCUGUCGCAGGUGCUGGUACGGACGAAACCAUCAAGCGUGCCCACCCUUCCCCGCGAAACUCUACAUGCCGCAAUUGUGGACCAUGCUCGUAACAUUGUGUCGACGCCAUGGAAGGACGGGAGCCGUUUUGCUGCUUUGAGCCUCGCAUACACUGCGAUGCUCAAGCUCAAUUAUCCUCAUCUAGGCCUCGGAAGGACCUCUCAGCCGGUCUUUGAUCCCAGCGAUAGAAGUGCUGUCCAGAGCACGAUCCAAGUCAUCGAUUCGAUCUGCCACAACGCACAGCUCAUCACCUCGUCAUCGGGCAGCCUGUCGUUCACGGGACCCCUGGUGCCAACACUGGCACACAGCAUGUUCCUAGCGGCGAAGGUUCUGGUAACCACUGGAGGCGCGCUGGCGCAAGGAGUUGAUUUUUCGAACAAGAUACAACUCCUCCGGGGCUGCCUUGAGGUGUUCGCAAAGAGGUGGAAGAUCGCUGCCAUGAUCGUUGUUGGCGCCGAGCGUCAGACGAAACGAGCAGUGGCUGGGUAA